AUGGAGAAGCGCAUGUCAUCCUUUGCGCCCCUGAAGUCGUCAAAGAAGGCAGAAUCGGCCGACAACACGGCCAGCAGACAGAAUGUCGAGAGCUCCUUUCACCAAUUCGCCCAAUUGAUACAUGCUGCCCAGCGCCCAUUGCCCAAUCAAUCUGGAGACGGAGCUUAUUUGGACCACGCUGAGCCCACCGGCCUGAUGGGAGACCUCAAGAGGCUGGGUUUCAAGGAUGCAAAGACUUUGAUGGAUGUCAUGAAGAGUAAGGCGACCGGCGAGCUUCAGGACGACAAAACGUACAUUAUGGAGCGGACAAUCCAACUGGUCGCAAGCUUGCCCACCCUCUCAAAGACCAGGAAAGACCUUACCAACGCCUUCAUUGACGAACUUUGGAACUCGCUGCAGCACCCGCCUCUGAGCUAUCUCGGGGACAAGUUCCAAUAUAGGUCAGGAGACGGAUCAUACAACAACGUUAUGUACCCGCAUCUAGGCGCUGCAAAUACUCCCUACGCCCGGUCUGUAAUGCCAAACACCAUAUUCCCUGGUGCUCUGCCGGACCCAGGCCUCAUCUUUGACAGCGUGAUGGCGCGAAACACUUUCAAGCCUCAUCCCAAUAGAGUCUCUAGCGUGUUUUUCUACUGGGCUUCUUUGAUCAUCCAUGAUCUCUUCCAGACAGAUCAUCAUGAUUUCAAUAACUCCAAGACAUCUUCGUACCUCGAUCUUUCCACACUUUACGAGAUUGCUGGGUUUCCCCCUGGUUGUGGCGUCAUGUUGAUCAUGCUGAAUCGCUUCCAUAACUAUGUUGUGGAGCAGCUUGCAUUGAUCAAUGAAGGCGGUCGAUUUACUAAACCCAAUGAAGGCUUGUCGGCGGAGAAACGAGAAAAGUCGUGGGCGAAGUAUGAUAAUGACCUCUUUCAGACCGGACGGCUCAUCGUUUGCGGCCUUUACAUUAACAUCACGCUUCUGGACUAUCUCAGAACCAUUGUAAACCUUAACAGAACCGAUACAACAUGGACGCUUGAUCCUCGGGCGGAGAUGGGACGGAUCUUUGGCAAGGAUGGUACACAAGCUGGUGUCGGUAAUCAAGUGUCUGCAGAGUUCAAUUUGGCUUACCGGUGGCAUUCAUGCAUCAGUCAGCGAGAUGAGCAAUGGACCGAGGAGCUCUACCGAAAGCUUUUCGGGAAGAAAGCGGAGGAUGUCACGCUGCAGGAGCUCAUGAUGGGACUUGGCAAGUGGGAGCAAAGCCUUGACAAAGACCCAUUCAAGCGGGAUUUUGCUGGCUUGAAAAGAGGUCCAGACGGUAAGCUUCCAGACGAUGAAUUGGUGGAAAUAUUUGUCUCGUCCGUGGAAGACGUUUCUGGCACAUUUGGACCAAACAAUAUUCCAAAAUGCCUGAAGGCUAUCACUAUUCUCGGCAUGCAACAAUCACGCGCCUGGAAUCUUGGAUCAUUGAACGAGUUUCGCAAAUUUUUCGGAUUGAAACCGCAUGAGACCUUUGAGGAUAUUUGCUCCGAAGUAGAGGUGUCAGACCAAUUGAGAAAUCUGUAUGAACAUCCAGACUGGGUGGAAAUGUAUCCUGGUAUGGUGUCCGAGAGUGCCAAAGUCCCCAUGGUUCCCGGAGCGGGCAUCACACCGAAUUUUACUAUUUCAAGAGCAAUUCUCUCAGAUGCCGUUACCCUUGUGCGCGGCGAUCGAUUCUACACCAUCGAUUACAACGCAAGAAAUCUGACGAAUUGGGGUUACAGCGAGGUUCAAUAUGACCUUGCGGUACAGGAAGGCUGCGUUUUCUACAAGCUAUGCAUUCGAGCAUUCCCGAACCACUUCAAACAAAACUCGAUCUAUGCGCACUACCCGAUGACCGUGCCUGACGAGAAUCGGAAAAUCAUGAAAAGUCUUGGGCGCGAAGAAAACUACAAUUAUGAUCGGCCACGUCGUAUGCCCGAGCGAGUCAACUUCACAUCCUACAAAGCCGCCAAGCACAUACUGGAGCACGCUCAGCAGUUCAAUGUUGUAUGGACUGAGCCGUUCAUCUUUCUCAUGGGAAAGCAAGGCGGUGAUUUCAUGCUUAGCGGUGACACUGCCUUCCAUGCCAAACAGCGCAAAUUAAUGGGAGAGUGCCUUUACAGGGACCAAUGGCAGCAGCAAAUCAAAGAUUUCUACGAGUACAUCACUUUGAAACUGCUGAAAGAGAAAAGUUGUAAGAUCGCUGGUAUCAACCAGGUUGACAUCACCCGAGAUGUUGGCAACUUGGCGCACGUACAUUUUGCAGCCAAUGUUUUCUCUCUGCCAUUGAAAACGGAAGAUCAUCCGCACGGAGUUUACUCCGAGCAAGAGCUGUAUAUGGUCCUAGGAGUGCUCUUCACUUGUCUCUUCUUUGAUCUUGACCCGGCAAAGUCGUUUCCUCUCCGGAUGGGCACAAGGUCUGUGGUCCAACAGCUGGGGAAGCUGAUUGAAGCAAAUGUCAAGAUGGUCAAUGCCACUGGAUUUAUCUCAGGCAUUGUCGACAGCCUUCAUCAGGACCAUACUCCGCUUAAAGAUUAUGGUGUACACAUGGUGCGCAAGCUGCUGGAGAGCGGACUGGGCGUCAGCGAAAUCACGUGGUCCCAAAUUCUGCCAACGGCCGGUGCUAUGGUGGCGAACCAAGCCCAAGUAUUUACGCAAUUGAUCGAUUAUUAUCUUUCCGACAAAGGGAAACAGCACCUGCCUGAUAUCAAUAAGACGGCCAAAACGCCAGGCCCGGAAGCAGACAAGAAGCUUUUACACUACGCCAUGGAAGGCAUUCGGCUCAAUGGCACUUUCGGAGCGUAUCGACUUGCCACAGAAGAUACGACUCUCGAUGACAAUGGCCGGCAAGUCAAGGUCAAGAAAGGUGACAAAGUCUUUUGCAGCUUUGUCAGUGCAAACCGCGAGGCCGAAUUUUUCCCUGAUCCAGAUACCGUCAAGCUUGAUCGCCCGAUAGAGAACUAUAUCCAUUACGGAUUGGGUCCACACGCCUGUCUUGGCGGAGAGGCAAGUAGGACAGGCUUGACUGCCAUGCUCAGGGUCGUCGGCAAGCUUGAUAAUCUGAGGAGGGCCCCUGGUCCGGUUGGGGAACUGAAGAAGAUUCCUCGACCUGGAGGAUUCUAUGUCUACAUGAGAUCAGACCACGGAAGUUACUGGCCUUUCCCAACAACAAUGAAAGACGUGGAGAAAGAUACCCGGAGCCGGACGGAAACUGUAAUGAUUCAGCGCGACCAUGGAAUGGAUCGACUUGUUCAGCAGAGGAUGGAACAGCAGAGUAUGUAA